GUCGAUUCACUGGUGGUCUUCUACGUGUGGCUAGCUUCACGACCAUGCACACGUGGACAGCGGAGUGAAAAUCAAUGGCGUAGUCGCAAAGGCGCUAAUUAAUCCACAUCUUCUACCCCAGCUGGGCCCUUUUUCGGUGGCUGACAUCCGUCUUGAGUAAGAGCAGGAGGCUUCGUUGGCCGAUUUGGCGCGAUUUCAGUGCACCAAGCGCCACAAAGUUGCUUGUUAUUGUUCGUGUUGGGCGCACUGGUGCAGAACCAGCUGAUGCUGCGCUGCUGCAAUCUAAUCUCGAUCCGCGGCCCAAUUUUCGGCACUGCUGCGAUGACAGGAUCAGCCGAAACCAGAUAACGAGGCCCCUUUUUUCUGCUGCCGAAGUUCUUCAAGGCUGGCGAUGCGUCGGUCGGCGUCCUUCAGCAGCGGCGGUGGAGGCGGCGAGGCUCGGCCGUCGCGGAUCCCGGUGGCGUCGAAGGCGACGCCGCCUCACAAUCAGCUGCGUCGGACGGGGUCGAUGCGGCUGCCAAGCCGCAGCCCCGCGCACGAGAAGGAGGUGUGGGGCGUGGGCUCCGGCUCGUGGGGCAAGCGACAGCAGCAGUUGCGCCGGGACAACAACAAGUUGUCAUCGCCGCUGUCGGUUGCCUCCUGUAGAGGCUCCAACACCUCCAUCGACACCUUCGCCCUCUCCACGAGUAGACGGCCCUACGAAGACGAAGAUGAUCUGUGCUCGGAGGUGAGCUACAACUCGACCAUGUCCGUGGACAGGACCUCCUCGGCCAGGCGGUUUGUCCUGCACUGUUCUGGCGACGCACACGCCCAGCAGAACGGCACCCCCUACCUGACACCCACGCAGCGAACUAACCUGCUCAAUAAGGACCUCAGGGUAAAGUUGAAGCAUGCGCUAGACGAAAUUUCCCUUCGAGAUAUGGAAAUAUCUCGCCUGACGCAAGAGUGCGUGGAGCUGCGCAUGAAGCACGCACGGCUGAGCGCCAGUCCAGACGCCGCGGUGGAUGAGUCGCCGUCAUCACCGACGCCGCCAGGCAUCGAAAAAGAUUCGCUCGACUCGUCAGCGCACAGCGAACUGCCUGGGGAGCCGAUCCCCUCCGUCUCCGCCCCGGUCACCCCCGUUACCCCCGCCGCGUGCGAGCCCAAGCCGAGUAGGCCGGACAUUCUGGACCUGGGCCGCCGCCCGCCGGACAACUGCCUCUUCAAUAGUCUACCUGUAGUCAUCCAGAUGCCGGUCUGGUCACCUGAGGAGGCCAAACCUGUGAUCCAGCAACCCAAACAAGACUGCACCUUCACCGACCAAACCACCACCAAAAGCACCAAGGACUGUGAGAUUCAAACAGAUGCGCGAGACGACGUGGAGGAGCAGCUGAAGGCGGCGCAGGAGGCCCUAAUCGAAACCAAAGUAAGUUUGUGUCGCACUUGCAGCUGUUUAAAGCGCGCUGGAAGCAAGAAACACGUGCUACUGGACGCGGAGCAGGCGAUGGUCUUGUGGCGAGCAGCCCACACUCAGGUGCAACUGAGUCGAGUGAAGAAAGCUGCGGAGAACUCACAGGCCGAGGUGACGCUCAAGUUCCUCAAGUCGGCCUUUUACCACCUGAUUACGGACAGCAGCCAGGGCAUGAGCCUGGCCACCAAGUCGCACUGGCGCGCCAUCCAGUCCAUCCUGGGCUUCAGCCCCGAAGAGUGCCAGGCGAUGGACGCGGCCGUCGCCGCUGGCGCCUUUCCUGGCAGCACCUGGUGAAACGCCGCCGGACAAUAAACAAAAAACAACACGAUGAUAAAUUCAACGCUUUAUACUUAAAGCUAUAUUACUUGACGAAUAAUGUGAUGCCCGCGAGUUGUUUGUCUUUCAGCAUUUUUAGCAUAUCACUCUCGUGAAAUAAGCAGCAAACUGCGUGUAUUAUACACACACACUACACCUAUAUUGCAACUAUACCAUAGUUCCAUCAGUUCUCAUAUCAUUUAUACAAAUGUAUUUGUUUCUAUUAAUAUUAAUUGUCCUUGAAAUGAAAAAUGUGUGAUUUGCUUGUUGACAUAGUUCACUUUGAACGUUGAUCUUAGGCUUAUUAAUAGUGAUAAUUGGUUCCUACAUUUACGCGUGUAAAACAACAACAACAACAGAAAACGAAAUAUACAAGUUAUAUGUAUUGAAGAAAAUAAUGCAGCUUGCAAUCGAUUUGAAAGAAAA